UUAUGAGAAGUGCUUUUUCAUUCUAAAAAAACACUUAUUUUCAAAAGCCAUUCUCUCUACUCUCCUUCAUCAUGAAACAAUGCUAACAAAUAAUCAAUCAAUUGAUUCACUCUUAAAGAAGGAGAAGGAAUUACCGGCGAAAUAUAUUAUGAGGAGGUGACGAGAUUCCGGCAGGGGACGUUUCCGGCGGCACGUUCGGUUUGUGGAGGCGGGGAAAUCGAGAUUGAGAGGUGCAGCGGAGCUUUGAGGUAACCGUGGAGGUGCGUGGUGGAGUUCCAAGGUUGUUCUCGCGUUUCCGUCAACAAAUCUAGUGAGGCAAGUAUUCACGCGUUUUUGAAUUCCUUUCUUCUCUUCUGUUCAAUUCUUGGUUUCUUAAUCGUAGUUGUCUUAUCAUUGAUGAUUGUUGCUCAGUUCUUCCUAUCGAAAGCUUUCAAAGUGAAGAGUUUUUCAUCUUACACACAAGGUGUUUGAUGAAAAGUCCCAACCAAGCUCUUAGUCUUAGCAUGUAUUAGUAUAAAAUAAAUUGCUUGGUUUACUUAAUUGGUUUGUUUAUUUGGUUGUAUGUUUUGAAUGACAUCAAUUUGUUCUCAGUAGCUGUUAUGAAAAUCUUAGGAUCAAAUUAGGGGCUUAUGUUUAUUUUGUUGACUUAAAUUUGUGUUGGUUUUAUAUUGAUUUUGCACUUAAAUUAUUUGAAUGAUUGUUGUCUAAUUUGAGAUUAUGGAAUGUGGUUUUAAACUGAAAACAGCAUCCGUUGAGUCAAAUGUUCACGGUGAUCUAGCAUUGACUCAAGAGGACUCUACUACUAAUAAUCAUCUCUAAUUAAUCGCUUAUUGCAUAAUCGAUUUGUUAUAUAAUGUUUGGGGGUGUUGUAAGUGUAACUAUCAAUUCUUUCUGUUGACUACCCAGUGGAUAAGGUCUCUUGUUAUGUCUCUGAUGAUGGUGCUGCUAUGUUGACAUUUGAGGCUCUUGCUGAGACAUCAGAAUUUGCUAGGAAAUGGGUUCCUUUCAGUACGAAAUAUGCAAUUGAACCGCGAGCACCUGAGUGGUACUUUUCAAAGAAAAUUGACUAUUUGAAAGAUAAGGUGCAACCAUCGUUUGUCAAAGAUCGUAGAGCAAUGAAGGUUGAAUUAACGGCUGCAGAAGUAGAGUCUCUUCGAUCAGAACUUGUUGAUUUAGAAGAGAAGGAGGCUCAGUUAAAAGCUCAUGUCAGGCAAAAAAAUCAGAAUGGCAGUGCUUCAAAUGGAGGAGCAUCAAAUGAAAAGAAGUCAAUUACCUCUAUUGAUGAUGUUUUGAUAGGAUUGGUAAAAUGGCUUUGUGAGCAGCUUCUUUAUGAAACAUGUCUCUGCAUAUGGCUCUUGUCAUACUAUGAGCCUGCAAUUGAAUAUUUGGCUACUUCAAGGACCCUUCCAAGACUUAUUGAUGUUGUUAAGAGUUCUACAAAAGAAAAGGUAUAGCUGACUUGUCCCAUUUAUG